AAGUCAAUCUCAAAGUUAAACAAAACAGCGAUCGGCAACAACAACGAGCGAAAUGUGAACGCUUGUUUUUUUAUUGCUUUGCCGAUUCUGUGCGGUUUGUUUCGCAUUUUUAUAUAAAAGUGAUUUUGUCAACCGAAAUUAUUGACAGUAACGGAUCAGAAUUCGAAGUGUAAACAUUUGCGGAUAACAAGUCUGGCUUACAAAAAAAAACCAACACAAACAAAUUGAAAAAAAAAAACAAUUUAAUCAUUUGUUCAAGCGAAACGGAUAAUUAAGAACACACCGAAGGAUUAUUGUGAAAAAAAAAAUAUUUACAAGAAAAUUCAAACCCAAAAAAAACACAAUUUCAAUAAAAUUCAAGUGCCCAACUCAUCGCUGAACAGCUGAAAAACAAAGCAUCUUGAAAACGAAAGAAAAAAAAAACUGCAAAACCGAAAAAAAUUCAACGUCCAAGGCUAGAAGUGUUAAUAUUUUGUGCAAUUGUUUGACAUUUUGCGUAGACUUGAAAUUUUGUCCAGCAAAAAAACAAAAAAAUUUGACAAAAAAAGAAUAACCUAAGCCAAUACCAUCCAUCCAUUUUGAAAAUCGAAAAACAAACGUUCGACCGCCACACCAACCAAAUUAACAACAAAAAAAUGUUUGCUGUAAAUGGAAAGAUCUUACUCCUCGUUGCUGCUGUAAUGGCCUUCAUCGCCUUGUCGUGGGCACAAAACCUUGAUGAUUCCAUUCCCUCGGUGCUGAGUCACAAUUCACCCCUACGGCAACCGGCUAAUCUGCAAUCUCGUCCCUACAUUGAUUUUCUCAGCAAUUUGUAUAAAAACGAUAAGGAAAAAUCGAAUUUGUAUCGCAACUAUCGUUCGAAACGUGAAGUCAUCGCAACCGUCGAGAAACCGAAAUUAGAGGAAAAUGUCGUCCAACCACGCAACCGUAGAGCCAUUGUCUUUCGUCCCCUCUUCGUCUAUCGCCAACAGCAGGUGAGACGGCAAAAAUUGGCUGCUGAACGUAAACGUCGUGUUUAAGGAGCUGGGCGAAGAACUCCGGGUCCCCAGGACUACUAAGAAUUUAACUGAAAAUGGCGUGCCAAAUGUUCCUUCAAAAUGACUUUUCUCAAUUUUUUUCACAAGAUUUUUUUUUAUUAUUCCUAUAUAUGUAUGUAUGCACAUGUUUGUGUGUCAUUGUAUUAAAUUAAUGUUUUUUUAAUAAUUUAUUAUAAUCUUGUUAUUACUAAUUUUUUAUAUAUUCCUUUUAUUUAUAUUUUAUAAAUGUUUGUUGUGUCUUAUUAAUAAAUUAAUAAAAUAAGAAGCAAAAAUA